CACAUGUAAGCGCCCAAAAUAAUUGCAGAAAUAUCUCCUGCUUUUUAUGUAGUGUAAUAAGAAAUAAGUUUCUUCUUGGAUUAGGUGAAGACAUGGCCGUCUCUACACUCACCGGUGCCGACGCCGACGCCGACGUACCGGAGUUCGAAGCUCCACUGCUCCACGACGCCGUCGACGGCGUCGUUGACCACAAAGGUCGUCCGGUCAUCAGAUCCAAGUCGGGAGGGUGGAGAUCCGCAUCGUUCAUCAUAGGAGUUGAAGUCGCCGAGAGAUUUGCUUAUUAUGGCAUAUCGUCCAAUCUAAUAACCUAUCUGACCGGUCCGCUCGGCCAAUCGACGGCCACGGCGGCGGCGAACGUCAAUGCGUGGUCCGGCACGGCUUCUCUUCUGCCGCUUUUAGGAGCAUUCAUCGCCGAUUCAUUUCUCGGACGUUACCGGACCAUUAUUAUUGCUUCCUUGCUCUACAUCUUGGGACUUGGCUUGUUGACCAUAUCUGCUGUUCUCCCUUCUGUCUGCCAAAAUACAGUGAAAAAUGUGCCAUGUUCUUCUUCCCAGUUCCAAGUCAUCUUCUUUUUCUUUGCACUAUAUCUAGUGGCAGUGGCACAAGGAGGGCACAAGCCUUGCGUUCAGGCUUUUGGAGCUGACCAGUUUGAUUCACAAGAUCCAAAAGAGUGCAAAGCCAAAAGCUCGUUCUUUAACUGGUGGUAUUUUUCUAUGUGUGGGGGUACUUUGAUAACGCUCUUGAUCUUGAACUACAUUCAAGACAACCUUAAUUGGGGUCUUGGUUUUGGAAUCCCAUGUGUUGCCAUGGCCAUUGCACUGGUCAUUUUCUUGCUUGGAAGUAUGACUUACCGGUUUAGCAUCAAAGGUGAUGAGAAAAGUCCCUUUUUGAGAAUAGGUCACGUGUUUAUAAAUGCAGUGAGGAAUUGGCGAACUUCCCCUUCUGCCAUAGCUCUUCAAGAAGAAGCUCGAGGAACCCUGCCUCACCUAGGUUCUCAACAAUUCAAGUUUCUUAACAAAGCUUUACUUGCACCCGAUGGUUCCAAGGAAUAUGGGACUGUUUCUAGCAUGAACGAGGUUGAAGAGGCAAAGGCAGUUCUAAGGCUGUUUCCCAUAUGGGCUACAUGUUUGGUGUAUGCUAUUGUAUUUGCACAAUCCUCAACUCUCUUUACCAAGCAAGGAGUUACUAUGGACAGAUCAAUUGGAUCAAGCUUCGAUGUACCAGCUGCUACACUUCAAUCCUUUAUCAGCCUUUCUAUUGUUCUCUUCAUUCCCAUAUAUGACCGAAUUCUUGUUCCUAUUGCAAGAGCUAUAACUGGAAAACCCUCGGGCAUAACAAUGCUUCAAAGAAUUGGAACUGGAAUGUUUUUAUCUGCAAUUUCAAUGGCAAUUGCAGCUAUAGUUGAGAGGAAACGACUUGAAACUGCUCUAGAAUAUGGGCUGAUUGAUAUGCCAAAGGCAACAGUUCCAAUGAGUGUCUGGUGGUUGGUACCUCAAUAUCUGUUGUUUGGAAUCGCUGACGUGUUUACCAUGGUUGGUCUGCAAGAAUUUUUCUAUGAUCAGGUCCCAAAUGAAUUGAAGAGUAUAGGUCUUUCUCUCUACCUUAGCAUCUUUGGCAUAGGGAGCUUCCUAAGCAGCUUUCUCAUCUCUGUCAUCGACAAAGCUACUGGUGGAUAUGGUCAAGACGGUUGGUUUUCAGAUAACCUGAAUCGGGCGCAUCUAGAUUACUUCUAUUGGCUGCUUGCUGGACUUAGUGCAAUCGAAAUAGUAGCCUACUUGUACUUUGCAAAAUCUUACAUAUACAAUAAAGGAAAUACUGUUUGAAAUUGCUUAUGACCAUAGCUGUCACAACUAUGGAAACUGUGAAGCAAUUUAUAGGAUGUACCACUUGUUUGUGAAAAUUGUUAAAUUCAUCUAAUGUUGUAUAUAGUCAGUUUGAUGGCUUGCUGGAAUUGUAUUUUUGUAUUGAAAACAAAAUUCAAAACAUAGUGUUGCCUACUCUAAUUGAACGAAGAAUGAGAAGAUUGUCAUAAA